UCCAGUGCAGCUUGUUUUAAGGAGAGCUUUUGUCCAAUCAGAUUUCACCUCUGUGCUGUCUCUAAGUAAAAAAAUCUGCCGGAGGCCUUCAGACUUAUAAGUGAAUCUCUUUGCAGUUUAAGUGAAUGGGGACGAUAUUGUUGAUUGUCAUAGUGUUCAACCAAUCAGAUCUUUAGUUUGACAUGUUGGGCGUAUUCUUUGACAUGUCAGAGCUUCUAGCUUUAACGUUUUGGCCUAAAAUCAAUUGAGAUUCUGUGACAUGAACCGAAGAGAGCCAUUCGAUGUUUCUGAAAUGUCAAUAAACAGGUGUGAAAUUCCUCUACAUAUGAAGGCAACGUCUGGCUGUGGUCACUGCUGUAAAAUACAUUUACUAAAACCAAGGGUUCACUUUCCUUUUCUCACCUGACUUUGAAUGUUUGGAGCAAAUAAUUCAAUAAAUAUACCAAAACGUGCAAUUGUUUUUUGUGUGACAUUUUCCAGGACAUGUAGCUUGUCCAUUAAUGUGACUGUGAAGAAUUUCAGAUCGUAUAUCAUGAAUAAAUUGUGUAGAAAUGCAGGGGAAUCCACUGACUUAUUUCCUGGCCAUGGAAACACGUGUACACCCGGUUCUCACCUGUAUGUUCAGCGGUGUUCUGCUGUGAGGAGGCUGCAGGUCUCUUGCGAUCGCUCCCCCCAUCAGAGGGAUGAUCAGAGCCACAGAGCUCUCUCUCGGCCGCGCUCACAAGCCGUCCGUCCGUCUCUGAGUCACUCACAGAUCUCCCACCUGCUUCCAAUGUGCACUUCUGUCCAAGCAGAUCAUUCAAAUCCUUGACGUCGUCACAAAGAGCCUUCACUCCUUCUUCGUCUCUCUGGUGGCUCUUAGCCUCUGUCUGUCCAUCCCUUCGGAUAUCUGGGUGCGUCUCUUUGUCUCCGCCCACCCGACCCCCUGCUGCUGCUUCUUCUCCACCAGUGUUCCCAUUACAGACUGACUGGUCAGCGGUCCAGCCCUGUGCCGACCAGUACGAGUACUGCUCCCAGUAGGUGUAGUAGGUCUCUGCGGCAUGUUUGUCCCAGAUAGCCUUUGUGUCCGGGUCGUCCCAUGAAGCAGUCACUGUUCCUGGAUCAGUCUCUGGAUGUUUCUCCAGCCAGCUGCUCCACAGCAGAGCUUCUCCCUGCUGAGCUGCAGGACACAGAGGAAACCAAGAUAAAUCAGCUUCAUAUUUACAGUGUGACAACUACAUACAAUGUCUGAAACACACCUAGAAAUUUGAUAUAGACCGAUGAGGGAAAACGUCACAUUUGAUUGAGUUUCAUGGUACAAGUGUGAAUAUGUGUCCUUGUCAUGUUCAUGUCCUUUUUACCCCAGUAGGUCUCCCAGCCAGCAGCUUGGCUCCCUCCUGCUCCUUCCUCCAGUGGAUCACACACUUCCUUCACAUCAACUAGGUGGAAAAUCACAAGGCACCGUCAAAUAACAUCACAACACUGCACACAUGAUAAUAAUAUGUACAAAUAAAUACAAUUAAAUUCAUGAAUUAGGACAACACAAAACAGAAAAAGGCCAUGACAAUGUGAGGAGGGAAGAUCUAGAGCAGAUCUACAUUAGAGUACUAGGAUCACUCAAUCAAUGAAUACUCGACUGAGAUUGUAUCAGUGUAAAUGUAUCGAACCAGUUAAACCAAAGGGAGACAUAUCGUGCUUGUUUUCAGGUUCAUUUGGGGUUUACCACGUAGUAGUUGCACCAACCAGUCAUCCAAAAUAACCUCACUUUUUAUCCUACUAAUCAUAAUUAGCAUAUUAAACCAAAUUUGAAGAAAUCCCCUCCAGGCAUUCCUGAGAUAUUGCUUUCACAAGAAUGGACCGGACAGAAGGACGGACAACCUGAAAACAUAUCUGUCUCUGUCGCGGCUAUUGGCGGUGCAGAGGCAUAAAAACACAGUAUUGUUCUCAUAGCUGUGACAUCACAAAGUCCUGGCGGCUCGUUUACAGGCACAGUUUGUGCAUUUGUCUGUGGAUUGAGUGGUUUGAUACUUCACAGUAUUUAUAAAGCACAUAGACCUGUUUUAUGAUGAGAAACAAAAAAUCUCACUUUCUACAAUAUGGGACCUUUAAAUCAAUACAACAGCAAUAUCCCAGAUUUAAGCACAAAAAGCACUGAGGUGAAGGGGACACUAUUGGACUGUGUUUGUCAAUGCAGUUAAAUGAAAUGAAAGAUCAUCUCUGCAGACAUUCGAAUCGACCCUGGCUUUUUUAUUUUUCGGGCUGUACCCAGACGACCGCAGGUAUAACAGAGGAGAACAAAUGAUGAAAGAUAUGAGCCUCCUGCACGCCGAAAGACCAAGUGUCACACUUUGGGUUGGGAAAUUGAUAACUUUUCCUUUUCAAAGAGUGGCAUACUGUACAUACAGAGAGGGAAGGUUUGAAAAGGUCAGUGGACCAUUUCCUGCUUUACAGAUGUAUGGGUGAUGAAGAGGAAUGAGUACUCACACUUUAGUCAAUCUGAGAUCAAUCUUGUGACAAUAAUGAAGUACUUUUCAUGUUAUGCUUAGUAUUUAUGUACAGUAUGUAUAAAAGAGGGCUUCUCGUCUGAAAAGCGGAGCGGGUCCUCUUCACGGAGUGAGCCAUGUUGUGUGUUGAUGUUUCUACAGUAGCCCAGGACGUACAAACAAAACUAGAGAGGGCCUCUCAAGGUUUGUUUUUUUACGUUACCAGAGAGGCCACCGUAGUUCUCUGGCACUAAAAGGUGGUAAAACUGUGGUACCGCCAGCCUCCGUCUGACUUCUGUUCCUCCUAUAGUAGUGUUAUUAUGGUAUGGACGGCCUCACCAUCAUAACACUGCUAUCUGCAACCACACAGCUGGAUGCCACCAAAUCCUACACGAUGUCCCUUAAAAUUCAGGCGUUACUGAUUUGUCCUGCCUGAGACGCUGCAGCAGGAGGUACCAAAGCUGCGUAGGCCCAAACGUGUUUCAUAAGCUUCAAACUGAUCACCGAUCAGUGCAUAACCUCAUAGCCUAAUUAUGAGGAACCCGGUCAAGCUGCUUGCUUUACUAUGUAUUCACUUUUGAAUGAAAUGGAACUGUGGAUGGCUUCUGUCGCAUACGUAUUUGUAACUACAAUAAGUUAAUUGUCUUACCUUUGUUGUCAACCUGUAGAUCUUCUUCCUCCUCUCCAGCUGAUUCUGACCGGUAUGCGUCAGGCUUCCUGUUCAACUUCCUCCCCUGUCACAUGACCAAAGACAGGCUUGUUCAGUGGCAGGAAGUGCUCCAGACCUUUGAGUUUACCUUCACCUCUAGGAGGCGACUGAAACACCACGACAGACCACACAGACGCAGUGCUGAUGGGAACCACUUACCCCUCUCCUCUGGCCAGAGGAGCUGACAAAAGCCACCGGCAGACCCAUGCUGGCCAUCAGCUGAGCCUCUUCAUUCAACACCUCCUUCUCCUCCUCUUCAUCAUCUUCUGCCUCCUCCUCUUCUUCAUCAUCUGCUUCUGUGAGUGGAGGGGAAACUGGUUUCAAAUGGACUCUCCAUCGUCUCCAUCUUCUUCUGAAGGCUCAGUGUAUUGUGAAAGAUGUUGACAGUGGCGUUAUAUGUAUAGCAUACCUUGGACUCUAGUGUCUGCCAGAUCAAAUGGGAGCAGUCUGUUAUCAGAGCGAUACAGCUCCCGAUCCCUGCAGUCAGAGAACACAGAGAAGAAGAAAAGCUGAUGAAGAUCUCCUCAGCUUCAUCCAUCUUCACUCUACGGUGUGUGUCAUCAUCACACAUUCAUGACAAUAACUGCUGGAGGACACAAUCACAUGUGAGAGACUUACUGCACGAAGGCUUUGGAGCAGCGACAGUGAAUUCUCUCCUCCUCCGUCUCAGAUGAGAGUCUCCUGCUGAAAAAGAUCUCCGCCACCACCGUCACCCUGCUCCUCUCCAGCAUCAUGACGAUCGGCUCACGGACAGCAGCGCGCGCGCGCGCGCGCACACACACACACACACACACACACGUCCACACACCGGCUUCACCCGGAGUUCACGUCUAUGUCGAGACCAGCGUGGGUUCACUUCAACAUCACACUCACGUUCAGGAAACAGUUCCGUGGGACCAGGGACCAUGGACUGAUACUUCCGGCCAUGUCUUUUCAGAACAAAAGUGUGGCAGUGGAGCAUGUAGGGGUCAAACUGAUUUUAACUUCUUGGAUUGUGUUUACUACAGUAGUGCUGGACCCGUAAACUUAUCGUUAUAUUAUUAUUUUUUAGAAAUAGAAAAUAUGACAUUAUUAACGGUACUUUUUAGUUUUUUAUGCUUUUAUCUUGAAGUCUACGUGUCAAACAGGAAGUUUGUCGCUGCUAAGUGGAACUUAUCUAUCUGAACGCUGUUUUCAGGGGACGCAACAUUCUGUAGUGUCACAGUUAAAGCGUUCCGGAGUUAGCGACAGGACAGUUGUUAGCUAACAAAUAUAUAUAUGUAUAUACAUAUAUAUAUAUAUAUAUAUUAUGCUAGGGUAGCUAACACUAAAUAAACAGUGGCGUGUUGUGUCAUGGCUCUGUUCACAGAGUAGCUGUCUAGGUCUAAGGUAACGUUUUCUGUGUUAAGUAAUUAGGUGACUUUGGCUGUUGACGUAAACACUGAAGGCUUGCUGUCAACUCUCAGAUUUUGCUCUUCUGCUCAGUUAACGUGACGUUACAAACGUUACGUAACGCUCACUGUUUUACCACAGCUCCUGUACUCAUUGCUAAGAGUGUAACACUAAAUAUAGCUUCGAUGAAAGCAUAUGCAACACAGCUGUCAUUUGAUUCAGUGCCACAAAUAGGGUUGGGUGUCGUGACUCUCGUGCCAUUCAAACCCGAUUUUAUUUCUAUUCAAAAAUAUUAUUACAAAAGGCACGUUUUUCAAUAAAACUUUAUUGACAAACAAUAAAAACCCCUCAGAUAUACGUUAGUUUCCCUAACACAGACAGCUGACCAUAAGCUAAAUUAAAUGCAGUGUAAUUGAGCUAUUGUUUUCCUCUCUCCCUCAGUUACCUGUGUGUAAGCAGAUGCUCUCCAUGCAGUGUGUUCCAUCUCCUUGAGGCUGACCGCAGAGCAGGAUGUCAGACAGUGGGAACCAGUCCUGUCUGAUGGGAGCAGAGGACACUGUCUCCUUCCUGGUGUGUGUGUUCCACGCGUGGGAGGAGUGGGCCGGCCUUGGUCAGCUGGAGGACUACCUGAGUGUUUUGGAGUACCUGCUGUGGGUCUUCACCCCUCUGAUCGUCGUCUUCAUCCUGCCCUUCCUCAUCGUCAUCCUCCUUUACCUCUCCAUACUCUUCCUUCAUGUCUACAAGAGGAAGAAUCAGCUGAGGGAGGCUUACUGCAACAACCUGUGGGACGGAGCCAGGAAGACCCUGGCUACUCUGUGGGACGGACAUGGAGCCAUAUGGCAUGGUUAUGAGAUCCAUGGCAUGGAAAAGAUCCCUGACAAAGGACCAGCACUGAUAGUUUACUAUCAUGGAGCCAUUCCCAUCGAUUACUAUUACUUUCUUGCCAAUGUUAUCAUCCAGAAAGGACGGCCCUGCCACUCUGUAGCUGACCACUUCCUCUUCAAGGUCCCAGGUUUCAAGUUACUGUUGGAGGUAUUCAGUGUGAUCCACGGUCCUCAGGAGGAGUGUGUGCGGGCUCUGAGGAGUGGUCACCUGUUGGGGAUUUCUCCAGGUGGGGUGCGGGAAGCUCUGUUCAGUGAUGAGACCUACCCUCUCCUCUGGGGCAAACGCAAAGGCUUCGCCCAGGUCGCCAUCGACUCUCAAGUGCCAGUAAUUCCAAUGUUUACUCAAAAUCUGCGGGAAGGCUUCAGAUCGCUGGGAACACUCAGAUUUUUCCGCUGGGUGUAUGAGAGGUUUCGCCUCCCCAUUGCUCCUGUUUAUGGUGGAUUCCCUGUGAAGUUUCGGACCUUCCUUGGUGACCCCAUCCCGUACGAACCCAACGUAAACGCUGCAGAGCUGGCAGAGAAAGUGCAGCAGGCAGUUCAUUCUCUGAUAGACCAGCACCAGCAGAUCCCAGGGAACAUCCUGAGAGCAUUGUUGGAGAGAUUUCACACCAAACACAAAGACCAUUAACAUCAGCAGUGCAACAACGGAGACAAACUAUCCAGUGUGUGACCAAAACGACACGUCCCAUUGGCUCAGACGGCUGCAGUGUGCACAGGUUUGGUGGAACAUGUUGGAAUAUUUGCACAGCUUUCAUCACUGCUUCCGAACUCCACCGGCUGCAGCUGCUGAGGUUCCACAUGUUUUUUGUAUCACACGUUUCUGAUAUGUUUCCUUGCGGACAUCGACUCCCUUUUCCAUCUGAUGAAUCUGUUUAAAAGCUAGACUUCCUGAAGUUGUGAUAUUGGACUUAACAUUAAUUAUACCUCAAACGAAUAAAAUGAAAGGAUUAUUAUAUUUUCAUUACAGAUAGGCACACUAUCUAAUCUGUUGUGUUCCGAUAUCUUGAUUAAUUACUGUAUGGUCAGAUAGAAGAUGGAUCUUAGGACUGAUUGGUGGAUUGAACUUCGUCGUUGUAGAUGUUCUCUGUAAAUAUAUGGGAUUCAGGCAAUUUCUUAUUUGAAAACUGUGAUACAAGUACAACAAUGUCAGCAAGAGAUUCUUAGUCUUGGUUAGUCAAUAAAUGUGGUGUAUUGUCCAUGCCUAUAGAUUGCAGUGACUGUGCAGAUACUUGCUUGUCAUGAUAAACCUUGAGUUUGCACAUCUUCAGUCUUACUUGGCUUGGAGCAGACGGUGGUUAUGGUGUGUUCACACCAAACGCAAAGUCAACUUUUCGCACGUUGCAACUGCAUACAAAGUUAAUGCAAAGACGCGACUGGAUUCAAAUGACUCAAACUCUUUCUUUUAUUGUAAUUUACUGGAAAUUGUCCCAAUAAUUAAAACAAAGGGCAAUCUAACUGUGUAUAAUUAUACGGAGGGUGGGUAAUUAUAGGGACAAGGAGAAAGUUCUUUCCCCCCUGGAUAUUAAUGACUGCUUAUAAUCUCUACCGAACUACACUCGUCCAGCCAACAUGUAAACACUCAAAUGAAACGGUAUGUAUCACCUGAACACCUAACACCUGAAACUAGUCAUGCAAUAGGUACAUAUACUUACUUACUCAGAAAAGUUCCAGGAAAUGAAUGGACUGGAUAAAGCGCUCCCUAAAGAACCUUUCAAAAUGUCAGGCCCUCAGUGAUGAAAAAGUCCCAGUUCUAUGAGACGGUUGUCUUCCUUACACUAACCUUAGUUUUACUCACUCUACAGUAUAGUGAAUCUUAUUACACUGCCAGUGACAGAUGUGAUGUCUAAAUAGUUUUUGGCUUGGUGUACAUGAACAGAGGCUGAACAAAGUAACUAGAACACCAGAGGCUGUCAAGCGUUGAUUGAUGUAUUUAAUUUGUCACGCUAUAGGUUAUGUUGUAUAAAAUGACAUCAUAUUGUAAGGUGUUCCUAUUAUUUUGUACAAAAGCCCUGAGAGGCAAGUGAGAAAAAAAUCCUGGGAUCCACUUUCUAACUUUGAUCAAAAUAGUUUUCUCUUCUGUGUUUAUGACAUGGGUACUUCUCAAGUCUCUUAAGUGUCGUUUCCUCGCUCCUCGAUCC